AUGCCAUCUCUUCUUCCUGCAGCGGCCCAGGCUCUGCUCGCCCGAAACGAGGCCGGCAAGGAUGCCGGGCAGGAGAUCAUCGACCUGCUCAAGAACCCCUUUGUGAACACCAAGAUUGUCGAAACCUCGGUAUACUCGGCCCUGGCCACGUCGCUCGGCUUCACCGCCUUCAUAACCGUCUGCUUCUCCUUCAUACGGCCCUACCAUCAAGCCAUCUACGCGCCCAAGUCCAAGCACGCAGACGAGAAGCAUGCUCCGCCGCCAAUCGGAAAGGCCCCGUGGGCUUGGGUCUCGCCCCUCCUCAACACCAAGGAGGUUGCCCUGAUGCACCAGAUAGGAAUGGAUGCCACGGUCUUCCUGCGCUUCAUCCGCAUGCUGAGAAACAUGUUCCUCGUCCUGGCCCUCGUCGGCAUCGCCAUCCUGGUGCCCGUCAACAUAUCCAACUUUGUCCUGGUGCCCACCAACGGCCAGCCCGACCGGACGGGGUGGAUACUUCGAAUCACGCCGCGCAACGUCUGGGGCACCCCCAUCUGGUCCGUCGUGGUGGUCGGAUACCUGUUCAACCUCAUCGUCAUGGGCUUCCUGUGGUGGAACUACCGCAAGGUGCUGCACCUGCGGCGGCUCUACUUCGAGUCGGACGACUACCAGCGGAGCCUGCACGCCCGCACCCUCAUGCUCUUCGACAUCCCCCGCCAGGGCUGCUCCGACGAGGGCAUCGCCAGGAUCAUCGACUCGGUCGUCCCAAACUCGUCGUUUGCGCGGACCGUCGUCGCCCGCAACGUCAAGGACCUGCCGGACCUCAUCGAGGAGCACGGCAAGGCCGUCCGAAAGCUCGAAAAGGUCCUGGCCAAGUAUCUCAGGGAUCCGCGGAACCUGCCCGCCGCCAGGCCGACCUGCAAGCCCUCGAAAAAGGACCGGUCCUUUGGGACGUACCCCAAGGGCCAGAAGCUGGACGCCAUCGACUACUUCACCCAGCGCAUCAAGGCGCUCGAGACGGAGAUCAAGGAGGUCCGGGCCCGCGUGGACAGGCGCAGCACCAUGCCCUACGGCUUCGCCAGCUACUCCGAGAUUGCCGAGGCGCACAGCAUCGCGUACGCCUGCCGGAAGAAGAAGCCCCACGGCGCCACCGUCACGCUCGCCCCGAAGCCCAUCGACAUCAUCUGGCCCAACAUGCCGCUGUCGAGCGCGACGCGCAGCCGCAGGCGAUGGGUCAACAACUUUUGGAUCGCCGUCCUGACCCUCCUCUGGGUCGCCCCCAACGCCAUGAUGGCCAUCUUCCUGGUCAACCUUAGCAACCUGGGCAAGGUGUGGAAGGGCUUCCAGACGCAGCUGGAGCGCAACACCACCUUUUGGGGCAUCGUCCAGGGCAUCGCGUCCCCGGCCCUGACGUCCCUGGUGUACCUGGUCCUGCCCAUGAUCUUCCGCCGGCUGUCCAUCAAGGCGGGCGACCAGACCAAGACGGGGCGGGAGCGCCACGUGCUGAGCAAGCUCUACGCCUUCUUCGUCUUCAACAACCUCAUCGUCUUCUCCUUCUUCAGCAUCCUGUGGGCCUUUGUCUCGAGCGUGAUCCGGUCGACGAGCGAGCCGGGGAGCAACGGCAAGAAGAAGGACGCGUGGGACGCCAUCGUGGAGGCCAAGCUGGCCACCAGCAUCGUCGUCUCCUUUUGCAACAACAGCAUCUUCUGGGUCACGUACCUGCUCCAGCGGCAGCUCGGCGCCGCCGUCGACCUCGCGCAGCUCUGGCCCCUCAUCGCGGCCUUUUUCCAGAAGAAGUUCUCCAGCCCGACGCCGCGGGAGCUGAUUGAGCUGACGGCGCCGCCCCCGUUCGAGUACGCCAACUACUACACCUACUUCCUCUUCUACACCACGGUCGCGCUGUGCUUCUGCACCAUCCAGCCGCUGGUCCUGCUCGCGACGGCCCUGUACUUUUGCAUCGACUGCUACCUCAAGAAGUACCUGAUCCUGUACCGGUUCGUCACCAAGACGGAGUCGGGCGGGCUGUUUUGGCGCGUCGUCUUCAACCGCAUGAUCCUGGCCUCGGUCCUGGCCAACGGGGUGGUGCUGCUCAUCACGUGGGCCCAGGGCGACGGCAGGCACUUUCAGUUUUACGCCUCGUGCCCGCUGCCGUUGCUCAUGAUGGCGUUCAAGGUGUACUGCCGACGGACCUUUGACGACAAGAUACGGUUCUACAACAUCCGGCAGAUGAGGCAGCAGCAGCAGCAGCAGCAUCGUCAUCCCGAAGCGGGGGCGGGGGCGGGGGCGGGGAUGGGGAUGGGGAUGGGGGGCGACGGGGGCCACCAGAGCCGCAACGACAAGCUGGCCAGCCGCUUCGGCCAUCCCGCCCUGUACAAGCCGCUCAUCACCCCCAUGGUGCACCAAAAGGCCCAGAACAUGCUGCCGUCGGUGUACCGCGGCCGCCUGACCGACGGGCGCGACAACGACGGCUCCGACCUCGUGACGGUCAGCGGGUACUCGGACAUGUACGCCUUGGACUCGAUGAAGGGAGGAGGCAAGGUGGGCAAGCCGGCGCGGGCCGUGCCCGGCUUCGAGUACGUGUCGGAUGCCCAGAUGGACUUUGAGUACUACAAGAACCGGGCCGAGUUUUCCGAGGAGCACGGCGGCCACGAACUGUACGGCUGGGAAGCGGAAACGUACCGAGGCGGCACCCCGGCCUCGUUUGACGACAGGUACGGCGGCAGCGGCGCCACCCUGUCGCGGCCCGCGUCGCCCAUGCUGAGCGGCCGCGCAAGCCCCACGCCCUACGGCGCCGCCGUCCCGGAAAGCCAGCCGUCCAGACUCGGCAUGGCGGACAUGACGGUGCCCGACAUGGGGUACACGAGCUACCGGUCGCCAAACGCCGCCGGCUACGCGGCGUCUCGCGACCCGAUUCCUCGCGGGCAAACCCCCAUGUACUCGCAGGACAACGGAAGCUCGUGCGGCCUCGUGCAACACGCCGCCGGGGUGCCGAUGGACACGGGUCCGCCGGGCUACCGCUCUGGCGAAGUGUUGCCGGUCGACCAGGGCGGCAGAGCGACACCCACGAGGACGUAUGCGCCGACACCGCAGCGGAUCGUGUCGUCGCCGCUCGUCGCGCACAGCCGUGCCGGUGCCGGUGGCGGAGCUGGUGCCGGCCCCGGCCCCUCGAUAGGCGCAUUAGGCGGCGGACCCCAGGGGUACAGCGGCCUUGCUCAAGCUGACGACACCCAGGCGUACGUGGAAAGCGAUCCAACGCAGUAUAAUUACUUUAGGGCGGGAAGCGGGAACAAAGCUUCCAGGACAGCCGGACAGGGGUACAGGUAG